AUGGGUUUCCACCCGGGCAACCCGCGCAACAAAUGCGCGCUGCAGCCGGGCCACAGUCUGAUGGACUGGAUCCGCCUGGGCAACUCCGGGAAGGACCUGACUGGAGUUGGCGGCCGCGUGCGCCCCGUCAGCCCUGCGGAGCUCGCCUCGCACAAUACACAAAAAGACGCGUGGUUAGCGAUCCGGGGGCGAGUAUACAACAUCACACAUUACUUGCCUUACCAUCCCGGAGGCCCCGAGGAACUAAUGCGCGGCGCGGGAAUAGACGCAACACAGUUAUUCGACAAAGUCCAUCCAUGGGUAAACUACGACUCACUUUUAGCGAAAUGUCUCGUGGGACCACUUCGAUUCGAUUUACCAGACGCUGAGGAGUUGUUCGAUUCCUCGAACCCCUCGCCCAAGUCGGAUCGGCUUAGAGAACCCUCUAAAGCGCAAGAGCUCGUCAGAAAAUCGAUGGAAAACUUAGCUAAUUGCAUAACGCCGGUCAGAAAGAAAAUUUCGUCCAAAAGCGAGGAGAACAUGAAAGGCAGUCCGCCGAGUAAAAUCAUGCAGAGUUUGAUACAGUCCAGUGAUUUGCCGGUUUCGAUAAGUCGUAGAGCUGCGUCUAGUCCUAUUAAAAGUUUAGAUAAAUCUGAGGUUCCACCUUUGAGGUACGAUUGGAUUCAGACGUCAAUGAAACUGACUGUGUCCGUCUACACGGGCCCCUUGGCCAACCCGGGCGGGUGUGCGAGAAUAACGGAGGGCGUCUUGCUAAUUGAAGUGGCGACUAACGGCUGGCUUAGAACGCUCAAGUUGGUGCCCGAGGGAAAAUUGCAGGGGCCUUUGCAGCUGCGGAUAUACGCCGAGAGUGGAAAAAUAGAUGUGAUAGCCCAAAAAGUUGAACCGCAAGUGUGGAAAGCGUGCGGAGAAGUGACUAUAGGUGUACCAUCGCUCGUGUCGUCACCACGAAGCGUGGACUGCCGCGUGGUGGGAGUGGGCAGUGUGACCCAUGACACCACCAUGCUGGCACUGGAACCCCGCUCAGGACCUGUAGUCGUGCCGUUGGGACACCACGUGCGAGUCCACAGAAGAGUCAGCGGUUCGGAGUGCGUGCGGUCAUACACUCCUGUCGGGGAGGGCUGGUGCUCUCUGGACAGCGGUGCAGCGCUGAGGCUAGCUGUUAAGAAGUACCCCACGGGUGCACUCUCGCCACACCUCACUACGUUGAGGAAAGGCGACUCCGUUACGCUGUCUGGGCCGUAUGGCAGUUUUCAAUUGCAAAAGCUAAAAGCAGUGAAAAAUAUUUACUUCAUAGCAGCCGGUACGGGUAUUACACCUAUGCUGGGAUUGCUAAAGUUUAUGCUCUCGAGGUCCAAUCCAAGAUGCGAACGCGCUCAUUUGUUAUUCUUCAACAAAACGGAGGACGACAUUCUUUUCCGCGAUAAUUUUGAAACAAUAGCGAAAGAGGAUAACAGAUUCGCUGUGACACACGUUCUAUCAGACGCGAAGUCUGGCUGGUCCGGCCCGAAAGGCCGCAUCAGCUUCGAACUCCUUACUCAGACUCUGGGCAAAGAAUCCCUCAAGUGUGGGGACUCUUGCUCCCACUUUGUGUGCGUGUGUGGCCCCACCGAGUUCACGCAGGCAGGCCUACAACUGCUGAAGAAGUGCGCACUUAAAGACGAUUGUGUACAUGCAUUUAUGGGAUAACUUGUAAAUAAUAAAUUAGGUACAGUCGACAACACAAGCAACGCGAGCAUUAGUUGAAUCACGUAGGUGUACGUACCGCAUCCGUUGUAACUGUCACCUCGCCAUAAUCUACGGCUCGUCGCCAUUUUUAAUAUCUCAAGGUUUACGGGAAUUAACACCUUAUGCGACAGGGAUACAACCUGUUGCACAUGGUUGUAUUUCCCUUGCUAUUAAAGCCAUACAUAUUUUAAGUAUAUCUUUGAAGAUCUUCGAAACUUAUGUUACACCACAGAAUAAGUAAUAGUACAGGUACAGAAGGAUUACUCCGCAAGACGAUUUAAAUAA